GUUUAUAGUCGCCUGUUAAUCUGGUUCCCGUUUUUACAACCCUAUCGAGACAAGAACCAGACAAGUGCAAGGCCGUAAAAACCAAAAAGGUGUUGCAGUUUCGGUUUACUUUCGGUUUACUACUGGAAUCGUGACUUGAAGCGGUUCUGAAUUUCUGUGAAGCAGGGAGAUGGCAACAGAUAAACUUUUCAAGCAGAUUGAUGGUAAUGAGGAGAAGUAUAUCAAAAGACUAGCAGAUACAGUGGCAAUCAAAAGUGUGUCAGCAUGGCCCGAAACUCGUCCGGACAUCACGACAAUGGUGGAGUGGGUGAAAGCUGGAUUUGAGAAAAUUGGAGCUACAACUGAAUUAGUUGACAUUGGAGAACAGAAUAUGCCAGAUAGAUCCAAGCUUCCCCUUCCUCCAAUUCUGCUUGGAACCUUGGGAAGCGACCCCAAGAAGAAGACACUUUUAGUGUAUGGCCACCUGGAUGUACAGCCAGCAAAGAAGGAAGAUGGCUGGGACACAGAGCCGUUUGUUUUGACAGAGAAGGAUGGAAAGCUGUAUGGAAGAGGAAGUACCGAUGACAAGGGACCAGUGCUGGCCUGGUUGAACUGCAUUGAAGCCAUGCAGGAAAUUGGAAUGGAAGUUCCCAUCAACCUCAAGUUUAUAUUUGAGGGUAUGGAGGAAUCUGGAUCAGAAGGUCUAGAUGACCUUGUCAUGUCCAAAAAAGACACAUUCCUAAAGGAUGUCGACUAUGUGUGUAUCUCAGACAAUUACUGGUUAGGGGAAAAAAAGCCUUGUUUGACUUAUGGGCUCAGAGGAAUCUGUUACUUCUUUCUGGAAGUGGAAUGUUCCACCAAGGACCUUCACUCUGGUGUGUUUGGGGGCACAGUACAUGAAGGAAUGGCUGACCUUAUUGCACUCCUGAACACGUUGGUGGAUAGCAAAGGUCGUAUCUUGAUCCCUGGCAUCAAUGAUUCUGUGGCCAAACUGACAGACAAGGAAAAGAAAUUGUACGAACCCAUCGACUUUGACCCUGAGGAGUAUAAGAAAGAUGUGGGAGUAACUGAGUUAAUCCACAACAAGAAGGACGACAUUCUGAUGCACCGCUGGAGGUACCCCUCCCUGUCCAUACACGGAAUUGAGGGAGCAUUCAGUGAGGCUGGGGCUAAGACUGUGAUUCCUAAGAAAGUGAUUGUUGAACUUGUUCAGUUUUGAGGGAAUAUUACAAAGUGAGUACACAUGGACAUGACAAAUGCCUGUCAUCAAAGAAAGAAAAAGAACACUUUUACUUUUGGUAGGAUCUCUAUGGGUCACGGAGGAAAGCCAUGGGUCAGCGAUUUCAAUGAUCCAAACUACAUCGCAGGCAGGAAAGCCAUGAAAACAGUGUUUGGAGUUGAACCAGAUUUGACCAGAGAAGGUGGUAGCAUUCCAGUGACCUUGACCUUCCAGGAGGCAACAGGCAAAAAUGUUAUGCUUCUUCCCAUUGGAGCUUGUGAUGAUGGGGCCCACUCCCAGAACGAGAAAAUCGAUAAGUCAAACUACAUGAAUGGGACGAAGGUCCUGGGAGCUUACAUGAUGGAGCUGGCUUUGUUGUAAACAGCGGUGUCUUCCUGGCAACUGUGAUAGGAACCAGUCAUAUCCAGUAGUGUGGAAUUGUCAUGUGAUUUACUAAGUACCAUGUGAUUAUCAUGUGAUAAAUGUGAAACUCAUUUUUGUAUGUAUACAAAAGCAAGGGAACAAGUCAUCACUUUAUUUUGAUUUAUAGUGUGCCAUUUUUCAAUAUUGCUUAUAGAUAUUGUUUUUUAAAAAAAAUGUGUGUCACAUUAACUGUCAUUGAACAACCUGGCCAUGGUAUAAUCAUGCCAUAAUUGUGUUUAUAUUUAAUCAAAAGCAGUUGCUAUUAAUGAGAAUUUCUCUUUUUCAUAUAUAAUUUAUCAGAUAGAAGAUACGUUAUAUUUUGAAACACUGAAUUAACAAAAAGCUAUGCAUAAUUUAGAUGUCCCAUUGAGUGAUCAUGUUUGAUUAUAUAUGUAUAAUUACAUGCAAAGCAAUAUAGAACUGUUAAUGAUCAUCCUGGGUUAAGGGUUAUUUGUACAUGUUGUAUAGGAAUUAAAGAAAAAGAUCAAUGAAUAA